CUAGGAUCAGAAUCUCUGGAUCGGCUUGCUCAACUAGGUCUGAGAGCUCGAGUUCGCCCAGAUCAAUCUAAUAGAGAAGCAGAGAAAGAGGGGGUGGAGAACCUUCACACAGUUUCGAAAUCAGUUGUUUCUGGCCUAAAAUUUCUGCGAUUUUCCCAAAUUUACUGAUCCGAUGACUAUUCCCAAGAACCCGCAAACCUUACACCUCUCCAACAUUCGCAUCGUACAACCACCUUCCGAAGAAGAUUUGGCGCUAUCUACUCUCUCCCGCCAGCUCGGGCUCAUGCUCCACGCCGAACGAUGUCAGAUCGCUGAGCAAUGUCCUGUUCCGCAGUGCUCCACGAUGAAGGAGGUGAUCGGGCAUAUGAUGACGUGUUGGAAUGGGUUUCAGUGUCCCUCCGAACACUGCACUUCGUCUCGUAUGGUCAUCCACCAUUGGACACGCUGUACCAAUGCGGAAUGCCCGAUUUGUGGAGCACACAGGACUGCACAGAAUAUGAACGCGUUGAGCACAAUUCCUAUCGUCAAGGAUCCCGAGCCAAGACCUCCAGGAACCUCACAACCGUGGCACAGUGAAGUUCCGAAAACCGAUAGAGAGGCAGUUAUUGAGAGAAUCUCCAAACACAUCAUGCUCCAUCCGCAAAGAUUCGAGCCAAUUUGGAAGAUAAAGGAGGACGCGAGGGCUGCUGAGCUUCAGAUUUUUGAAGCAGCGGGGAGUAGGGAUGAGUACUACCGCAUGGUUGAGGAGCGAGCUCCCCGCGAGCAGGACAAAGCUCCUGAGGGCCCUGGCCAGGAGGCACAAAAAGAGGAGAAGGGGGCUGGAGAGGAAGAUCCUGAUGAGGUGUUUGAUCAUAUGGAAGGCACUUCCAAGGACUUCCAGGGCUCCACAGACUGAUGAUCGCCAGCUUCACAGAAUCUCAAAUUGCAAUACUUCUCAUUUUAAGGACUUCUUUACAAUGACUUUUUCUUAUGUUAAUUGACAUUUUUAUAUCAUUGCUCAAAAAAAGUAUAGAAAACCAGUAGAAUAAAAA